CAAAAAAAUUUCCACCGUGGCCACCGCUUCGCCUUUCUUUCCACCUCACAAACCCCUUCAACCCAAUCGUCCAGUUUGACCAACUGAGCAAAUCGAAACCAUGGGCUUCGGCACUCUCUUCACCUCUGCGGACAACCCCCGCUCCACCGCCAUCAAGGCGGUCGCGAAGGCCAACGGCCUUGACCUCAAGAUUGUUGAGGCCGACACCACCAAGCCCAGCAUCGAGCACCUUAAGGCCCACGGUCUUGGCAAGAUCCCUGCCUUCCUCGGCGAGGACGGCUAUGCCCUGUCUGAGUGCAUUGCCAUUGCCAUCUACGUCACUUCUCAGAAUGAGAAGACCACCCUUCUCGGCAAGACCAAGCAGGACUAUGCCUCUAUCCUGAAGUGGAUGUCCUUCUUCAACUCCGAGUUUGUCCCCAGCCUCGGCAACUGGUUCCAGCCCCUUGUUGGCAAGAUCCCCUACAACAAGAAGUCCGUCGACGAUGCCUCCAAGGCUGUUGCCAAGGCCGUCACUGUCCUUGAGAAGCACCUGACCCGCCACACCUACCUGGUCAGUGAGCGCAUCACCCUCGCCGACCUCUUCUGCGCCUCGCUCCUGCACCGCGGCUUCCAGUACUUCUUCGGCAAGGAGUGGCGCCAGGAGAACCCAGCCACCACCCGCUGGUACGAGACCAUUGUCAACCAGCCCAUCAUCACCAGUGUUGCCAAGCCGCUUCCCCUCCUUGAGAAGCCCGCCUUGACCAACACGCCCCCCAAGAAGCCUGAGCAGCCCAAGGCUGCCCCCAAGCCCGCUGCCGCUCCCGCUGCCGCCACUGAGGAGGAGCCCGCUGCUGCCCCCAAGCCCAAGCACCCUUGCGAGGCCCUUCCUAAGGCUACUUUCGCUCUCGAUGAGUGGAAGCGCUACUUCUCCAACAACGAUACUGACAAGGCCCUCAAGUGGUUCUGGGAGAACGUUCCCCUUGAGGAGGAGUACUCCAUCUGGCGUUGCGACUACAAGUACAACGAUGAGCUUACCCUGACUUUCAUGUCCAACAACCUCAUCGGUGGCUUCAACACCCGCCUGGAGGCUUCCCGCAAGUACAUCUUCGGCAGCGCUUCCGUCUACGGCGAGAGCAACGACUCUGUCAUCCAGGGUGCCUUUGUCAUCCGUGGCCAGGACCAUGUCGGCGUCUUCGACGUCGCUCCCGACUGGGAGAGCUACGAGUUCGCCAAGCUCGACCCCAAGAACGCCGAGGACCGUGCUUUCCUCGAGAACAUGUGGUCGUGGGAGAAGCCUGUCGUUGUCAAGGGCAAGGAGUACGCCCACGCUUGCGGCAAGGUCUUCAAGUAAGGGCUUUCGUUAGGAUAGGCCUGCCAAUAGGGCAAUGUUGAUGAAAGUACAUGGAUGAAUGAUGAAGAAAUGGCACGGCUACGAACCUAGGUCGUCAGAUGAAAAUUAAUUUACUUUGUCAACGUUGCUCAACUGUUCACGGGACCUCAUGCAUGAUCUUUCCGGCGACGGUGAUGAAUGGCUUUGUACCUGAGGUAUACCAAGACGUCGCCGGCCUGACGAGCCAGCACCUGAGCUAUACGGGAACCGAACUCGGCGAAUCGAGAAUGCUCGCGUU